AUGUGCACUGUUUGUGUCAUUGACAGUUCCGUUUUGGCGCCAAAAAAUGGCGGCAGUUUUGCCACAGAGCUUAACAAAACAAGAAUAGAUAAUGAAAAUAGUAGUCAUAGUGUGUUGACAAAGACAUUUCUGUUUAAUGGUAGUUAUGUUUAUCUGGAGGAUGUGUUGUACGUUUUGAAGAAUCAAAAUUGGACGCAGGAGGAACAGCCAUGUUUGGAGAAAACGCUCACGUUGUUGCGGAGCUUGCAGAACUUCACUCUUUGGGCUGUUUGGGACUGGGAUUCUAUACCAGCAGAACCAGAAGGUCUCUUGUACGGCAGUCGGUUUCAGCUUGGGAACUACGACCAGUGCAUGGACGCCCCCUGGUAUGAGGAGCACGAGGAAUUGAGAGCCCAGUACUGCUUAGCUGAUAUUCAUCUAGAAAGAACCGAUCAGAGUUCUAGAAAACAGGAGUCUGAUCCUUACGAUCCUUAUCAAUCGGCGUUUAAUUUAAUAGAGCAUAAAACCUCGUACCGGCGUCCGUUAAAUGAACUAAUAUGGGGAGUAUGUGUUCCCGCUGAAUGUCCAAAAGAGUCCGUCACUCGUUUGAUGGGGAUACUUCUUGCGCACAGCCACCUGGGCACAGCAGGUCUUAGAGCGAAUGUUUCCGUCAUCAGUUGCGAGAAAAAGAACGAACAACCGGAGUAUGAUCUUCCAUUCUACUCAUUUGUGGCUAUGGUGGUUUUACUGACGUCUGUAGCUAUAUUAUGUACGAUUUUGAAUAGAAAAGGCUCCAAAUACAGGAACAGUAUAACCAGAGCUUUCGACAUGAAUGAAAAUGCGAGAAAUCUUCUGACAAUGAACAAGGAAGGUACCGAAGUCUUGUAUGGUAUAAGAUUUCUGACAAUUUGUGUUAUAGUGGUCUGCCAUCAAUUUGGGUUGAGCAAUGCUGGACCAGUCAGCAAUGGGUACAGAGUCGAUAAGGAUGUCCUUAGUGUCAUGGGAAUGUUCAUCCUCCACAACGACGUUUCAGUUGACACAUUCUUCUGGCUGUCUGGCUUUUUGACGGCAACCCUUUUGUCAAAAUCUAAACGGAGCCCCAAUCUUCCAAUAGCAUUUUUAAAAAGAUACAUUAGGUUAAUGGUAGCUUACGGCAUAGCAGUAUUUUACAUGGCUGCCGUCCUUACCUAUACCGGCAACGGACCUGUUUGGAAAGCUAUAACGGACGUUGAAGCAAACGCGUGCCGGAAGAACUGGUGGCUAAAUUUAUUGAUGGUCAACAACUACAUUGACACUGAAAAUAUGUGCAUAGUAAUAGCUUGGUACAUUCCAUGUGAUUUCCACUUCUAUGUUGUUACUUUGACAAUGUACUGGAUCUACACUAAGUGUAAAACAGUGGGAAAAAUCGGUUUGAUUUCACUCUUAAUUGGUUCUAUAGUGACACCAGGAAUUAUUAAUUACAUCCAUAACCUACCUCCAGUUCAGCUGUUCACAUACGAGUUUUAUUCAGAUCCUCGACGACACGAACAAUUCCAUCUGACAUAUAUAAAGAGUCAUACAAGAUAUGCCGCCUAUCUUGUCGGCGUCUUUACAGGAUUUCUUUUCGUACGAUUAAACGCGGUUAGAGGCAGAAAGAUAUCACAGAAAUGGGCGGUGCUCGGAGCCGGUGCUAGUAUUCUGAUGAUGGGCUCGAUUUUAUUCUCGGGACCCCCUUUCUUGUGGAGGGGAUAUAAUAUGGUAGAGAGCGUGUUGUACGCGGCUCUAAACCGACCGAUCUGGUGUUGCAGUAUCUCUCUUUUCGUAUUAAGCUGUUCCUUUGGUCACGUUCCCGUGCUCAAAGGCUUUUUAAGCUGGAAACCGUUCGUACCUCUCAGCAGAUUAACAUAUGGCCUGUAUUUGAUACAUCCGGCUAUUAUAAUGAGGAAUGUUGCAAUUACACGGAACUUACAACAUCAUGACAAUUUCUAUCAGCUUAUAGCAUCUUUUGGUGCGAUAUUCUUUGGAUUGUUAUGGUCUUUCUUCUUGUGGUUGCUGGCUGAAGGACCAUUCAACAAUCUAGCUCGUUUGAUGUUUAUGUCAAGAAUGAAAUUGGAAGAAAAAAGGCAAGAUGAAAACAAGCCCGACGGAAACACUGGGCAUCUUCAAGAUAAUCUACCCCCCACUGUCCACGUGAUCGACUCUUCGAAGAUUUAA